CUGUGAGUGUGUGGGUGGCUAGGAUUUUUUCAGAAAAAAAUAUAUUGUCUCCAAAGUUGAUUGAAAACUAAAUAUGCUUCCAUCUGUUGGACAAAAAGAACAUGUCGGCCACCAAAAAUACGUUGUUGCAAGGUGGGUUUUUGAAAAAUGUUUUAUUUAGGCUCAUAGUUUAUAUUAACUGAUUUUGCAUUUGUAGCUGCAAAAUAUCUAGUCUCCAUACAAAAUCCAACGUCGCCCACUCCCCCUUCCAAAGGAACAUGAAAUGGUCGGCCCCUCAGGCCUAGUGUAGUAAAAACCAAUAUGCUUGUCAUUUAUCUUUCUCUCCUAUUAGCUAUUUUCUGUGGUCGUCGUGUUUCCAGAUUAGAAAUCAAACCAAAUAAGAACUGUCGCUGCACACGUUGGAAAAUACCAGUACCAUUGAACUUUUAUUUUAUCCCUGUAGGCUUGGGAAUAAUUCCCAAAUCCCACUUGGAUUAUCAGAGAUUUGCAUUCUUACUAGCCUGCUAGCCCGUGUCAGUUUGUCGAAUGUAAAAGGUAUUGUGAAGGCUAGUAUAAUAGAGGGUCGUUAUAUGGUAUCGCUAUUCGGCAUAGCAAACGUUUAAGGUUAAUGUCCAUCUCAUAGUGAACAAAAUUCACCCUGUUUCGGGUAAUGGAGGCACGAAAAACACCCAGUUUCACCUGCACAAUUUUUUCAAACUCUGAACUGAUGUAGGCAACGUUUCAGUUGUAAGAUACAACUUAAUACCGGUGUUCAGACGAAAUAAACCCGGCAGUUUUCACCCUUGGCAAUGCCAUUAGGCUUUACCACGCCGGAAGCUGGCGAUGAGCCUCGUUCUGACUCAUCGAACUCCGUAACGUAGUUACCGUUGCCGUUAUCGACGUCCCUUCUGUUUUCAACAGAAAAACGAUCGCUUUUGCUCCGCUGACCUCUACGUUUCGCUCACUGCUGUAUCAUUCCAAGUGUGUCUUCUUCCAAGAUGAAUACAAGGCUUCACAUUCAAGCUCGGGAGGACAUAAUUCGCUAUUAUGGCACUCCUGCGGCUGUGAGUUUGUGGCCGUCUCAGGAUGAGGAGUCCGACUGUCGUUCCCUGGCUGUGUCCCCUUCCCGUUGUCCCGACCCCCUGAGCGUUUUCACUCCGUUCUGGGCCCGCCCUGUCUACGGUGAGACGCUCCCCGCCCCCGUCACCAUCAACCACGCCGCUUACUAUCCUGCCCCAAGUGACGACGAUGACAGUGACUACUGGGUGUACGAGGACGAGGACGACCACAGCUUUGUGGAUGACAGAGAGAUUCAUCCCCUUAGAAAGGCGCUGACGAGAGCGGCUGCCUUCUUUAGGAAGAUCUUCUCUUAGACUCCUUAUCCUUUUAAUGUCUGAAUGUGUGCAAGUGAGUGAAUGAAUGAGCAGGUGUGUAUGUAUGUAUGUAUGUAUGUAUGUAUGUAUGUAUGUAUGUAUGUAUGUAUGUAUGUAUGUAUGUAUGUAUGUAUG